AUGAAAUUUUUCACGGCUGAAACUGCUUUACAGGGCCAUGGUGAACAAAAUCAAGUUGAUGGAAAUUUACAGCUUUCAGCGUUGGUAGGCAAAAGACGUGUACAGCGGAUCGUAAACGAGGUAGAUAUUGAAGAUCAAAAACCCAUUCCUAUUUUAGUAAUGGCAGCGAAGAGGCCGUUAGCUAUUCGUAACCAUCUGGAACAAUUACUGAAAUACCGGCCUUCACCAAAAAGGUUUCCUAUUAUUGUUAGCCAGGACGGUGUAAACGAGGCAACGACUUCUGCGAUCGAGCACUUUGUCAACGCUUCAAACAACGUAUUUUUUAUGCAUCAUAAGGACAGGAUUGGACCGGGUACUCAAAGUCAAAAAAAUGCAAAGAGUUAUUUUUACAUAGCACAGCAUUACAAAUGGGCGCUAGAUAAAGUUUUCAGUGGUCCGGUUUACGAACACGUUGUUGUGACUGAGGAUGACCUUGAUAUUGCUCAAGAUUUCUUUUCUUAUUUCCUGGGGACAAGGAAACUUCUGAAGACCGAUUCUACUAUAUGGUGCAUUAGCGCGUGGAAUGACAACGGUGGCAGUGAAAUUACUGAUAGGGCUGGAGUAGAACAGUUGUACCGAACUGACUUUUUUCCAGGACUUGGAUGGAUGUUAACAAAGGAACUUUGGCAAGAACUUUCACCUUUUUGGCCAGAAGCCUAUUGGGAUGACUGGCUUCGCAAACAAGAAGUUCGCAAAAAUAGAGUUUGUAUACGUCCAGAAGUUUCUCGAACAGCUCACAAUAAUAAAGUUGCUGGUAAAGGUUCAAGCGGAGGUCUUUAUAAUAAAUAUUUUGCAUCAAUUCACUUGCCGGAGCAGCCUGUUGACUUUUUACAGCUCGACCUUUCUUAUCUUGUUAAAGACAAUUAUGAUAGAAUUCUUAAACAACGCCUCGCUGGUGCGAAAGCAAUAUCUGUGAAUGAUAUCGAAAAGAAAGCUGUUAAAAAGGGCAACGUUUAUAGAGUUAUUUAUAAAACUCCAAGAGAAUACAGACGUCUUGCCAAGGCUGUAGGAUUAAUGAAUGAUAUUAGGUCUGGUAUGCCACGGACUGCAUAUUACGGUGUUGUGCCAUUUCUUUUUGGUGGUUCUCGGAUUUAUGCUGUACAUCCAAAUCUUUCGCCAGACAAUGAUUUUAUGCGCCUUAAUUCUUCCGAAGUGUACGAUGAAGUGUGGGACAAAAUGACUCGCUUUUUGGAUUUCGAGCAACUUUAUUGCACGGCGAAAAAGUACACUGGCAAAUGCGACCCGAAAAGUAAAGAUUUAAUAGCUUGGUUUGAGAAAAAGAAGUUAUUGAAGCGACUCACGGCCUGGGGUGAAAUGAUUGUAAAUUAA